AUGUCUGUUCCGUAUCCAAUGCCUGGCACUGAAAAAGAGGGUUUGUACCCUAGUUUACCAUCCGCUCCACUGGAAAACCCUCCUCCUUACACACCUACACCAGAUCGAAAUGAAAUAGAAGAGGAGCUUCACAAGAUUGAGGAUGAGAUUUCCACUUUGAAGGCAGUACUCAUCUCUAAGCAAGAACGGGCUGCCCAACUAAAGCGUCAGCUUGGCAUGUAUGGGUUUGACGUCGCCAAGGAUGAUAUGAAACGAGCUGCACAGUCUAUUGCUAAUUCAAAACCUUAUACCACCGUCAAGGACGCGGUUACUAAGCAAUGGAAUAACGUGACAAACACCAAUGCAUACAAGAGCGUCAAUAACAGCGUCUCCUCCUUCUUUAAAUCCGUAAAGACUCGAGCCCUUCCACACCUGGAUCGGCGAAGCAGGCGCAGUCCCGAGCUUCAGUACCAUCGUCGUCAACAACGCGCCUCACACAACCAAUUUGAAGUGGUGGAGGACUGA